AUGGCAGCCCUGACACCUGUUGCCCCAGAGCUCGCUGCUCCCGAGCUCGAUAAGAACUACGACAAGUUUGAUUACCCCACGAAAGCUGCCGUAGCUCAAGAUGGACACCCGGGACACUGCACCGAGGCACAGAAGGCACAGAUUCACCAGCUGCGCAUGAUGCUCGAGGCGGAGGGCAUCACGCAACGCUUGGAUACCUUGACGCUGCUGCGCUUCCUGAGAGCUCGCAAGUUUGACGUCAACGCUGCGAAAGCCAUGUUCGUCGAGUUCGAUAAGUGGCGCAAGGAGGUUCAUCUGGAUGCUCUUGUGCCGACUUGGGAUUACAAGGAGAAGGAGCAGAUGCUCAAGUACUAUCCUCAGUACUACCACAAGACCGACAUUGACGGCCGACCUGUGUACAUCGAGCAGCUUGGUAGCAUCAACCUGACCGAAAUGCGCAAGAUCACCACCGAUGAGCGCAUGUUGGACAACCUCGCUGUCGAGUAUGAGAAGUGUGCCGACCCCCGAUUCCCAGCCGCAUCCGUUGUCAAGGGCUCGCUUGUCGAGACGUGCUGCACCAUCAUGGACCUCAAGGGCAUCAGCCUUGGUAACGCGUCUCAAGUCUAUGGCUACGUCAAGCAGGCUUCAGUCAUUUCGCAGAACUACUACCCUGAGCGUCUUGGAAAGCUCUACAUGAUCAACGCCCCCUGGGGUUUCUCUGCCGUCUGGGGCAUGGUCAAGGGCUGGCUCGACCCUGUCACUGUCAAGAAGAUUGACAUUCUCGGAUCGAGCUACUCUAAGGAGCUCCUCAAGCAAAUUCCUGCCGAGAAUCUUCCAGUCGAAUUUGGUGGCAAGUGCAAGUGUGAGAACGGCUGCCACAACAGCAACGCCGGUCCCUGGCAGGAACCCCAGUGGAAGAACCGGGCUUGGUGGGACAAGCCAGAGGCUAAGCAGCAGGCUCUCGCGGCUCUCAAGGGCACCUCGAAGGAUCCCCAUGUCCUUGUCAACGAGGGCGGCGAGACAGUCAUUGCUCCCACCGGUGCCGCCGGCGCAACCCCUGCCGGUACCGCUGACGCGGGCGCUCCUGCUAAGGCCACGGCUUAA